CAACAGAAGGCGUGAAUGUCGUCACUGACGUGUCAGUUUAGUAUUAGUUUUCAUCGGUCUCCAUGUGCCACAUGCAUUUAACUUCCGUUAAACGUUUUCAUUCUGUUGGCGGAUGAAACUUUGUAUCGUUCCGAUGCGUCGAGAUCAAGAAAUAUCUAAUCGUUCCGUCAGCUAGUAUUACUUUUAUUCGAUUGUACAGUAAUAUUAUGCUUUCCACCAAAAGGUGUUGCCACAAAAAUCCACGAACAACGCGAGAAUUCACAGUUUCUAUUUAGUGUAAUACUUCUUCAUCGUCAAAAUGAAAUUGAAUUUGAAGAAUAUUAAGGACAGACUGAAAGAUGAAACGCUGGAUCUUAGCUUAUGCGACCUGAAAGAAGUGCCUGUUCGAGAAAUCGCAGUUGUUAAAAAGGCAGCACAUUUGGAUUUAUCGAAUAAUCUGUUAGUUUCUUUGCCUAUUACUUUUGUCAAUCUUAAGCAGAUAGUUAAGCUAGAUCUUAGUAGAAAUAUGUUAACAGAAAUUCCUGAAAAUUUUGGGGAAUUGAGGCAGUUGAGGUAUUUGGAUCUCUAUGAAAAUCAGAUAAGCAGAUUACCACUCAGUUUGAGCGAAUUAAAGAACUUAAGAUGGUUAGAUUUAAAGGAGAAUCCUUUAACUUCUGCUGUGGCCAGUGUUGCCGGUCCUUGCAGUAAUUUAAGCGAAUGUCAAGCUUGCGCUCGUAACGUCGUUUCGUAUUUAUCGCGCGUCAAGCUUACUAUAGAAGAAGAAAAAUUACGAAGAUUAAAUGCUGCUAAAACGGAAGCGGAAACGGAUACAGCAUUGCCGAAAAAGAGCGGAAAAAAGAAAAAGAAAAAACAAGUCGAAAAGGAUAACAAACAAAAUGCAGAUAAAAAUGGAUCUUGCUCCUUGAGCGAGGAACUACGACUCGAUAAAAACGAAGUGGAUACUUCGACGUCGGUGCAGAAACAAAAGUACACGAACAAGGAACGCGCGUCGAAAGGCAACGCAUGUCGGUCCUUCCUGUCUGCGAUUCUAUGGCUGUUUCUUCUCACCUUAGCAUUCACGCUAUUAAUUGUCAUUUCUCCAAUGUAUUCCGAACAGUUUGGAUUCUUCGUAAAUUACGUAGAACAGAACACAGGUAUACCUUUGAAAGCAUUUCAGGAGCAGAGUAUCGAUACGCUCCAAUCCUCCCUACGGAUUGGAACUACGUGGACCAGAAGCAUUUACGACGAUUUAUAUUACACGUACGAAAAGAAUUUUAAAAAGGAUGCGGGCGUCCCGGCCAGCGAAUAGUUAUAAGUAUAUAAAAACUUAAAAAGUUCUCGGGUUCGUUAAUACCGACGUCACGAUCAAACUUAACGCAAUCGUUUCGUACCAUGUAAUUCUCAUUAAAAAAUAAAAUUUGUCGAUGUUGGAAGUCUAACAGAUUUUUAAAUUUAAUGA